AUGGCUAACACUGCAUCUUCCGCUGGGCAGACGUCAACCAACUACAAGGAGGCCUUUUCGCUGUACGACAAGCGCGGGAACGGACGUGUUGCGCUCGAGUCACUGGGCGAUCUGCUACGCGCAUGCGGCCAAAAUCCUACCCUCGCUGAGAUCCGCGACUUGGAGAAGCAAGUCGGCGGCGACUUCGACUUUGACUCCUUUCAGAAAGUUCUCAAUCGACCGGGCGGCUUCAGAGACCCUGGCGAACCAGAAGAAUACUGUCGCGGCUUCCAAGUCUUUGACAAGGAUAUGACGGGAUUUAUCGGAGUGGGACAACUGAGAUACAUUUUGACGAACCUCGGCGAGAAGAUGAGCGACGAAGAGGUUGACGAGUUGUUGAAGGCGGUCGACACAAGCAGCGGCGAGAUAAACUACAUGGAACUCGUCAGGACGAUCCUUGCCAAUUGA